AUGACACAAAUCAUCUGGUUGAGCUUUCUGCUUUGUAUUGUUUUGGCUGAGAAUGGAACUAUCUCUCUACUAAAUCUCGACAUCGAUGACAUUACAUGGGAUGACUGUAGCAAUGGGUACUUCUCAACUAGUUUCAACAUCCUUGAUAAUAGCAAUUUGGAGUCGAUCCUAGGUUCAAGCAUUGAUGUUCAUAAAAGAGAUCCAGAAAAUACUGGUAGAGAAUUACCAGGAUCAUCUGCUAGGAAUUUGGAGAUUAGCAUUUCAUCUGAUUUUUCGCACUUCGAUUUCACUGAUUUGUGGAAAAGUGAGCAUAGAAGCAAUGAGGAUUCGAAAAUCGAAACCGUCCCAAUUACAACAGGAAACUCUCAGUUGCAAGAAUUGCCGAGAACAGAUGGUGAGAAUAUGCAUAGCAGCAUUUCAUCCGACCCUCUACACUUCGUAGAUCUCAGUCAUUUCCGCGAAAUUAACGAUGCAAGUACUAAGGAAUUUGAAAACAUAACUGAUCUCGUUACUGCGAAAAAUUCAGAGUUAUUUGUUUUGCAAAGCGCUUCCAUUACAGAUAAGAAAAAUUAUGAGUGUCCCCAUGUCGGAUGUACUAUGAAAACAAAAAGUCACCAGGAAUACAUGGUUCAUAGAAGAACGCAUCCCAAACCUUUUAUUUAUGAAUGCAAAGUGUCCGGUUGUGGACGAACAUUCACUCAUCAGUCAACACUCGUCAAUCACCAGAAAACACACGGGCCUAAACUUAAGUGCGAAAAUUGUGGCAAAAACUUCAACUCGAAGUAUAGACUAAACGCUCACGGGAAACGCUGUGCGAAUGUUCCAUAUGACGAAGAUUACGAGUGUCUCCAUGUCGGGUGUACUAUGAAAACGAAGAAUUACAAUGAAUACGUAGCUCACAAGAAAACGCACCCCAAACCUUUUAUUUAUGAAUGCAGAAUGCCCGGUUGUGGGUUAACAUUCAAUCACCCAUCAACAUUCUCCGGUCAUCAGAAAACACAUGGACUUAAACUUCAAUGUGGAAGCUGUGGUAAAAUUUUCAAAGUGCCCGGUUGUGGGCUAACAUUCAAUCAUUCAUCAUCAUUCUACAACCAUCAGGAAGCACAUGGGCCUAAACUUCAGUGCGGGAACUGUGGCAAAAUUUUCAACUCAAAAAAUAAUUUGAGGUCUCACAAGAAGUAUUGUACGAAAGCUCUACAUGAGGAAAAUUACGAGUGCCUCCAUGUCGGAUGUACUAUGAAAACAAAGAAUUACAGUGAGUACAUAGCUCACAGAAAAACGCAUCCCAAACCUUUUAUUUAUGAAUGCAGAGUGCCCGGUUGUGGGCGAACAUUCACUCAUCCAUCAUCAUUCUCCAUUCAUCAGGAAACACACAAAAUUAAUGUUCAGUGCGAAAAUUGUGGCAAAAUUUUCAUCUAUAGGAAUAAUCUAAGCGCUCAUAGGAAGCAUUGUACGAAAGCUCCACGUUAG